AUGCGUUUGCGUUUGUGCAAGAAACUUCGCAAGAUACGCGAUCGCAUCACACGCAAAGCUCGCCGCCGCAACCCUCCAAUCGAUUCUGCGCCUCGCGCCUCUUCGUCAUCGGGCAUCGAGGCAUCAUUUUCCACGCCCACCUCUGCGCAACCCGAAAAACCGGCUGUGGCCACCGGCAGAAAUGAACAGACCAAGGACGACAGCACGUCGCAAAGGGCACAGAAGGAUAAUAAAGACAUGGUACCAGCAUCCUCGGAGAUGGCCACCGCCUUGAAAGCUGCGAAGGAGGGGAUCUCGGCCAUGAAUCCCAGCUCACUGGCGGAAAGAGGCGUUGCUGUAGUCGACCAAAAGAAAGACCUUGCCCAGGGACUGGUCUCGACGGCAAAAUCAUGGGGGCCGAUGUUAAGCCGCGUCAAGAAGUUUACCGAGCUCGUCGACAAACUCGUUCAUCCCUACGCAGAGAUGGCUUGGAGCAUUCUGUCCAUCGUGCAGAAGACUGUCAUCGGCCAGGUGGAGCUUGACCGAUCCAUCUAUGAUCUCUUGGACACUAUUCAGGACGUGUAUGAAUUCGUGGAAGAGGCGGGUCCAUUGAACGACGUCCUAUCUGCGAGGGAUGUUCUCGUGGCGUUGGCCCAGCAGACGACGGAAUGCGGCUACUUCAUACGAGACUACGCGAAGGACAAGGAUUUCGCAACGCGAAUGGCGUCAAACGUCUACAAGAAGGUCUUCAAAUCUGACGAGGCGGUGCCUGAGUUGGUUAAAGAUUACCGAUGCAAUUUGAAGAAGCUAAGGUCGAAGCUCUUGGAUCAUGCGACAAUUAGGACGGAGAUCACCGUCAACAGGAUCUGGAAUGCCGUCAAAGAUAUCGCGGAUAACGUCCGGAUGGGGCUGUUGGAAGAGGCCUGUGCCAAGGGAUACUGGUACAACAGCGAGAAGAAAUGCCUCCCCAGAACCCGCGAAACGAUUCUGCGGAUCAUACUCGAUUGGAUUCACGAUCAGGACGAUAGUCGCCGCGCGCUAGUACUCUCUGGACCCGCAGGGGUGGGCAAGUCCGCCAUCGCUCACACCAUAGCAUCUAUUUUCGACAAAAACCAGCAUUUAGGGUCCUGCUAUUUCUUUGACCGGAACAAGGACAUGCUCACAAACGCACAGUUCUUAUUCCCUACCAUCGCCCGUGACUUGUCCCAGCGUUUCCCCCUAAUGAAAACCGUCCUCGCCGAUGUUGUCGCCCGCAAUUCCGCCCUCCUCACUUCUGAUGACUUGGCCGAACAAUUUCGGUGUCUCAUCGCAGAGCCCGCGAAGAAGCUCACCAUUCCCGGCCCGAUAGUGAUUGUCGUUGAUGCCCUGGAUGAAUGCAAAGAGUCUGUGGAAAAGUUUGAACAGUCCGCGCAUCGCCUUCUUUUAUCUAUAUUGUCGACCAAAGAGGAAGAGGGGGGCCUUCCUGCCAAUUUCCGCAUCCUGGUGACUUGCAGGUUCCAGCCGAGCAUUAUGGCCACCCUCGGAUCCAAUGUCCGUCAUGAAUCCAUGACUCGUAUCUUGAAGAACCCCGACAAUGCGAAGGACUUACGAUUAUACGUUCAUGACAAGCUAUCCCAGUCCCACGCAGAACUGCAAGACUUCGAGUCGAUAUGUGAUAGGAUUGUCCAAUGGGCUGAAGGAAUAUUCCAGUGGGCGGCGACUGCUUUCCGUUUCAUAGCCUCGAGCACUGGGACACAGUCGAUCAAACAACGCAUGGAGACAAUAAAACCCUCUCGUGAAGGGGAAGGUCAAUUAGACCGCCUUUACAUGCAAGUCCUGCGGUUCGGAAUCCUAUCUGAGCAAGGCAACGACACCAAUCUGAAGAACUACCAGACGGUGAUGCGCCUGAUCCUGGUGCCGAGGGAGCCACUGUCGGUCUCUGAUUUGCAGGACAUCUUAUACAGGCAAGACGACUCGGAUCAUCGUGAAAUAGUCAAGAGGGUGGUCGAAUGCAUGGCAUCACUCCUUUCUGGCAGCAACAACACUGAGGAAGUCGUCCGCCCCUACCACUCGUCGUUUCUGGAUUUCGUUCUAGAUCGUAAACGCAGCGGGAAGUUUUGCGUUGAGCCGGGAAAGGAAGAGCAUGAAGCAUUUGCACGCGGGACUUUGCGCAUUCUUCUUGGCAAACGGCUGCACUUCAACAUGUGCAAGCUCAAAACAUCCUAUCGACUCAACGCGGACAUCCCUGGCUUAGGCGAGCGCGUACGCGCGAACAUCCCUCCGAGUCUGGUCUAUUCCGCCCGCUACUGGGCUGAUCAUCUCGAGAAGAUCGCGUAUGACCCUGACCUACAGGAAAUGACGGAACAAUUUCUGAAAAAUAAGUUCCUGUUCUGGGUUGAGGUCUUGAGUCUUAUAGAGUCGAUGGUCACCUGCGCAUCGGCACUCGGGAUACUCAAGGAGUGGAUUCCAAAGGCAUGUCACUUCUAUGACGUCGUGGCAGAACUGGAAAUGGGCUCUAUUAUCAAGGAUUUCCUCAGAUUCAUCCGAGCAUUCGGGAUGACGAUCGGAGCUUCUGCUCCGCACCUUUACCUCUCAGCCUUAGCAUUCGCCCCCGCGAGUUCCAAGAUAUGCCAGCUUUAUGAGGCGAGGUUCUCCCGACGAGCCAUCGUCGAGUGCGGCCGAUCAGAAGAGUGGCCUGCUCUGGAAUGCACCAUGGAGGGUCAUGACGACAGGGUCCUCUGUGCUGAGUUCUCGAGGAAUGGCAAAGAUGUCUCCGUGUCGUACUCUUACAAGGGGUUCACGACACGCGUUUGGAAUGCUGAGACCGGACAGCCGACUCGCCGACCUGUACACUGUGAUGCAGGUGGUAGUUGGGCCUCCUGUGCCGCGUUCUCCUCGGAGAAAGACUUGGUAGCAGCGGGGAUGAACCACGGCAUGAUCCUUGUUUAUUCUUCCACCAAAGGACAGACCAUUCACACGCUCAGAGGGCAUACGAAACAGGUUCGAUCGGUUGCUUUCUCUACCGACGGCAAACGUGUCGUGUCGGGCUCGGAUGACCAGAAAGUGUGCAUUUGGGAUGUGCCGUCUGAGCAACUUGUCCAUCUACCGCUUCAGCGACACACGGAUAAGGUCACCUCUGUGGCUUUCUCGCCUGACUCCAACUGGGACUGCACGAUCCGGUUCUGGGACGCCUCUACGGAGUGCUCUGAGUCUGACGAGGGACUAGAGGAUGAUCGCGCUGUCCUACCUCAACCUCAUUCUGUCUCGUUCUCGCCAAACAGAAGUCACGCUCUCGCCGACAUCCAGCUCAUAGUACCUGACGCUGAGGAGAUGUCAUGGUUCCAACUUGACGAUUCAUUCACGCUGCAGGGCGACGGCUGGCUUAUGGGAUCUGAUAAACGGCGCCUACUCUGGAUUCCGAUUCAGAACCGCAAGCUGCUGUGGAGGACGCAGAACAGGCGGCUCGUGAUAUCUCCAGAGGAGGUAACCACGCUUAAUCUGAGCAACUUUGCUCAUGGCGAGAAGUGGGCCGAAUGCUUCAGGCAGGAUGCAGCAUGA